AUGGCUUCGAAAUUCGGUUUCGCUAUUUACGGUGUCAUUUUGAUCGUAAUUGUCGUCUCGUUUUGUAAUAUUAUAAGUUUAUCUGGUUUAGCAAUCGAACCUGUUGUAUCCAAAGCGGGAAAUUUUCUCGAAAAAAAUAAUACCUAUAGUACAGAUGAAUUAUUACGGGAUUUAAAACGCGAUCGUAUCAAUUUCGAUAAGUUGAGAUUUUCUACACUCAUUCAAGAUGAUAAAAAUGAUAAGGUAUUCAGCUUCGAUGAAUACUACAAUCUUACCCAAAUAAACAACUACAUGAAUUACCUCCAACAUAAGUAUAAAAACUUCGUACAAGUGUUCCCAAUCGGCCAAACGUGGGAAGGCAGGACAAUCAGAACGUUGAAAAUUUCAUCAGGAAAUGCUAACAAUUCGGCUUUUUGGAUCGAUGGAGGAAUACACGCUCGAGAAUGGAUCGCAGUCUCCAGUGUGCUUUUCCUGACGAACGUUUUGGUGACCAAUUGGCUCGAUCUCGAUCCCGUAUUCCGUAAUGUUGACUAUUACAUUACUCCUGUGCUGAAUCCGGAUGGCUAUGCGUUUUCUCACACCGAAGAUAAUCGAUGGUGGAGACGAAAUAGGCGAAAAAUGGGCCUCUGCUACGGAGUCGAUUUGAAUAGGAAUUUCCCUUAUAAAUGGAACGAAUUUAAGACAAAUUUGUUGGAAAGUGCAGGAAUCGAAUUUACGAAUAUGAGCCAAUCGCCUGAUUGCAGUUCGGAUGAGUAUCCUGGUUUAGCUCCUUCAUCAGAAUUGGAGACCAGAGCUGUUAUUAAUUUUAUUACUGGGUUUCCCGCUAAUAAAUUCAAAGGGUUCUUGUCCUUUCACACUUAUGGUAAAUACAUCUUGUACCCUUACGGAUACGAUCACCGAAUGCCUAAAAAUUUCAUCAAAUUAUUUAGCGUCGGUCAAACCGCAGCUGAUAAAAUUUUCAACGUUACCGAAGAAAAAUACAAAGUUUUCACGGGAAGCUCGUUGUAUUUAUUUCCUGGUAAUUCGAUAGAUUGGGCGUAUAAAGUAGCGAAAAUACCGCUCAGCUAUCUUGUCGAGCUACGAGACAACCUUUCUUUCGAUCUACCACCUUCGGAGAUAGUCCCUGCUGGCAAAGAAGCAUUAAUCAUCGCCAUGACGAUAGUCGAUAAUUUCGAUUCGAGCGCCGAGACACCGAAAUCCAUCCCUGUAGUCCCUGCAGAUUGGAAUUACGAAAAUAUAGUCAUCGAAAGUGAUAACGAUUGACGAAUACCUAUACCUAUAGUAAUUCGUAACGCUGCGCGCUGAGAUCAUUGAAAGUGCUCUUGCUCUUUGAAAAAUAUCAUCUCAAUCUUAGAAAGUGUUUUGUACUGUCGACGAUCGAUGAAUGUACUCGUCGUAAUCGUACAUGGCGUUCGUUGUGUCUGCUCCUUGUGUGUGUUCAAUUUCUAUUCUUAAUAAAUAAAAAUGAUAUUCGACGAUGA